GUCAUGGGGCUUCUCGCGCGAAGUCUUUAAGUGGACAGUACGCAUGCGCUAACUUCCUCUUUUUCCGGCUGGAACCAUGGAGGGUGUAGAAGAAAAGAAGAAGGUUCCUGCUGUGCCAGAAACCCUUAAGAAAAAGCGAAGGAAUUUCGCAGAGCUGAAGAUCAAGCGCCUGAGAAAGAAGUUUGCCCAAAAGAUGCUGCGAAAGGCAAGGAGGAAGCUUAUCUAUGAAAAAGCAAAGCACUAUCACAAGGAAUAUAGGCAGAUGUACAGAACUGAAAUUCGAAUGGCGAGGAUGGCAAGAAAAGCUGGCAACUUCUAUGUACCUGCAGAACCCAAAUUGGCGUUUGUCAUCAGAAUCAGAGGUAUCAAUGGCGUGAGCCCAAAGGUUCGAAAGGUGUUGCAGCUUCUUCGCCUUCGUCAAAUCUUCAAUGGAACCUUUGUGAAGCUCAACAAGGCUUCGAUUAACAUGCUGAGGAUUGUAGAGCCAUAUAUUGCAUGGGGGUACCCCAAUCUGAAGUCAGUAAAUGAACUAAUCUACAAGCGUGGUUAUGGCAAAAUCAAUAAGAAGCGAAUUGCUUUGACAGAUAAUGCUUUGAUUGCUCGAUCUCUUGGUAAAUACGGCAUCAUCUGCAUGGAGGAUCUGAUUCAUGAGAUCUAUACUGUUGGAAAACGCUUCAAAGAGGCAAAUAACUUCCUGUGGCCCUUCAAAUUGUCUUCUCCACGAGGUGGAAUGAAGAAAAAGACGACCCAUUUUGUAGAAGGUGGAGAUGCUGGCAACAGGGAGGACCAGAUCAACAGGCUUAUUAGAAGAAUGAACUAAGGUGUCUACCAUGAUUAUUUUUCUAAGCUGGUUGGUUAAUAAAACAGUACCUGCUCUCAAAUUGAAA